CUCUGCCUUGUGAGCGAGAGUGUCUCUGUAGCAUGUCCUAGCGUAGCGCGCCGUUCCACACUGCCCGCCUCUCCCCAUGCUAGAUGUGGCGGCGAAACGAUGAGGUAGUGCACCGUCAUGGCCGACGAUGAAGAAGUCAAAAAGGAACAGACUGCCGCAGAAAAGCUUCUGUUUUAUAUCACCGCUUCUUUCGUCCUGCUAGGGACUUUCAGUUUGUUCGCUUUCUUGUUCCUGGUGCCUUUCGUGAUCGAGCCGGCCAUCACGACCAUAGUGAUGGAGUUCUCGGAGACGCCCGCCACCUGCGUGACGACCGACGUGGAGAGCAACCGCGGCGCCUCCAACUGCUCCUGGACCUCGUGCAAGGAGGGAUGCACCAAGGAGGUGUACGAGUGCACGCAGAUCCGCGUCAACUAUAAACUGAACGCGCCCGAGGAGGAGGAGUCCCUACACCGCGUCGAGCGGGCGAUACGGGAAUACGACUACCCGGACGUAUACUCGCCCGUGGAGGAAGUGGUACCGCCGGAAGAGCCGAGUCCCACAGGUCUCAUGGGGAAUCGUUCCGAGUGGUACUUCGUGGGUGCUAAACUUUUCCCGAACGUGAAGGGUUGUGGGUAUCCACCGUCGCUCAACUGUUCCAUAUUUUAUAAGACUUACAGUGGUGUGGGCACUAACUAUUCCUGCUUCUACAGCAGGAUCGACCCCGGCUUGGUCAUCAGCGAUCUGGACAUGAACCAAGUGUACAUGAACCUGGUGUAUGCCACCGCGAUCCCGAUACCGUCCUUCAUAGUCUCUGUCAUUUAUCUGACAAUAGCUUACUUUUAUAUUUACAACGACGAAUCCGAACCCCCCAGAAGACCGCCGCGAAGGACUGACGCAGUGGAAGUGACGCCGUUGCCGAUAUCCACGCCACUCCCACCGCCCACUAGUGGUGCUCUCACGCCUGCCAGUGAAAUAUUCAGGGAGGAUCUGGCCAGCUUCGGCCACCAACUCAAGAUCUGCAUGGCGGACGACAUGAGUAGAGAGAGCAUCAUACCUGACUCCGUCCCCUUUGUUAAUUCCAACUCUAUGAACGGGAACCUGAACAAGAUGAUGACAACUAGUAUCCUGACUCCCCCCGGGCCUAUAGCAGAUGUCUAAGGGUGGGCUACAAGUCUCCAGUCACUGCUUCUGGCGGCCACCCCGCCGCGUUUUGUGUCCAGGUGUCGAACAUAGAAUCGUUGUAUGCGACAUAGCGCGGAGAGCCACAACCGAGUAGUACGUUACUAGUUACACUUUUGUUAAAGCUUAGUCAAUAAUUUCCCAAGACGUUUUAUAAAUUUGCUCAUCAAGUAAGGUUAAGAUGUACAGAUCGACGUGACGUCAUGCACCACCGUUGGCUCCGUUCGCUUGGACUGUGGGACCACUCAAGCAUAAAUUACGAGUACUUUACAACGUAAAUCACAUUUCACAGUAUUUGUGUAUCCUCGGUUCACUUGACGGGAAGUACCACAUCACUAGCAGGACCAAAACAGAGUAUCCUGUUGUUACCCUGUCACUAGACCAUUACAGUGAAAAAUAAUCAGUUUUUUAAUUGAACUUCCUCGUCUACAGCAUUUUCGUAACUUGUGAUAUGAGCACUUCGAAAAGACAUGGUUGUAACAACAAUAAUAUAUAAAAUCAACGGUUAUCUUCAUACAUCUUCAUAAUAAACAGUUUCUGAAAUAAAAUGGUACUAACUCACUAUCUAAAUUAUUUAUACUUAUAUGUAGUUUAACAUUUUAAAUAUAUGUUCCCCGCAAAUCUACAAAUUCGACUGAGACCAAUUACAAUUUAAAAAUUUGUUACUCUGUUUAUUGGAAUUUCAUUAUUUUCAAGGUUAAAUUAUCCCUCGAGCCUAACUUACACGAAAGGGGGUGAAGUCUGCGGACGAUGAUUCAAACCAAUUUGCCUGACGCAAGUGGAUUGGCUAAAUGGUACUGCCCCACAGUACCCCCUCCCUUCCACACAACACUAGCAAUAACUCUACUUGUGAUAUCAUUUCAUACCAACCAUUCGCAUUUAUUUCUUUCAUGUGUUGUUUACAAUUGCGUUGUAUAUACACGAAGCGUCAUUAUUUAUAAAAGGUGUUUUUACAUAGAAAGGAAUUAUUUGUGAUGUUAAAAAUUAGUAUAUUAUUGUUGCAUAUUUUUGAAAUGUCUGAUUAGGAAAUACUCUCAUAGUGACAAAAUACGAAUGAAUAGUAUUGAAAAGUACGAGUAUUGCAAUGUUUCAUUUUAGCUGAAAAAGUAAAAACGCGUCAGAUAGUAUGUUGCAAUAGCACAUGUAAGGUUUAUGUAAGGUCCUAUUGUAUUACAUGAUUGGUUAAUAAACCUACGUAUUACCUCCACGAGAGAUUUUCCUGUUUGAAAAAUCAUAGAAAAAAAGUCCUCCUUUAGUUUUCGUACAAACGUUAAUAAUAAAGUAAACUAUCUUAACUACUUAAUAAAGAAAGAUAUUAGAAAUAAGUCUAAGAGCUCUUAAUUUUCGCUCACUUUGCGUCAAAUUUUCAUUUUUCGUGAUUUUAAAAGUGGAUAAAAUAAAGUUGAAAACACUUCACUCCAUUACUGUGGUAAACAAGUUUAUUAAUUGCAUGGUUGGGUGAAAUAAUCCAGAAAACUUUACCUAAUUUGUACGCUAAAGUAAGUGUUACUCGUCCUUAUUUCUAAAAUAUUUUUGUUUUAUUACAACGUACUGCAAUAAACAUUUCUGGUAAAAUAUACUUUGGUGUCAAAAUACUUAAUAGGUGGUUGUAAAAUAUUCAUGUUCACAUUUGUGUCUUAUAUAUAUAUUUUUGUAAAACUUCGAAUCAGGGACGCUACUACUAAAAAACAUAUAUUCUUUUCAAUAUAGAGAAAAAAUAUAAAACUAUACUUUGCGCUUUGGGUUGAGCAAUUGUUAAUAUAAAAAUAACUAAAUCUAAUUAAAAAUAAAUGACGUUGAAAUUAAUUUAACUAGUAUAAUAUACUUCUUCAACAAUCCUAUUUCAAAUGGGAAAAGAGUUUAUAGAGAUAUGUGGAAAAUCCUCAUCAGAUAUGUUCACUGUGGACAUUAGAAUCUACAUGUUACGUAAAGGAAGAGGUAUAUGUAACAUUUUGUUAAUACGCUCCAUAUCCUGUCCUUUUAUAAAUAUUGAUGAUAUUAUUGUUAAGUAAUGUGUGUUACGAGCAAUGAAUUUUAAAAUAUCUCUGCUUUGUCACAUAGCGUCAAUAGACAUAACAUAAAGUUAUCACACAAUUUAAUUCUUCCAUAAGCGUGUACUCAGUAUUUGAACAAAGAUUUGAUGACUGUUCAGGGAAGUUAUACGUUAAGGCUCUAGUUACCCUAUGCAAUAGCAGUACACUAUGUAAUCGAGCUUUGUGUAAGCAUGUACAGUAUGUGUAUCGUGUGGCAACAAGCAACGUACUGUAGAGCGACGCUUACACUCUCGACACAGCAUAUCACCGCGUACUCUAACCAACAGGAGGUCAUACCGCUGUAGAACACGAAUAUCGUUUUCCUAUUUAAAAUAAGUGUUUCAUUGCUUUCACUAGUCUACGAGCUAUUUUCAAGAAGUCGCUGUGAAUUUAGUUUCCUCGCCGAUAUAAUUUUGAGUGCUAUUGGUUGGCUAGAGUACGCCGUAAUAAUUAACACAUUUUGUCAAACUUUAACUAUGAGCUGUGCGGACUUGUCACCUACUUGUCACUCCUGUUGCUGCCGAAUGUACUGUCAAGUGGUGGCCACAUACAAUCAGCUGUUCUGUCACGUUCUAGAUGUAUAACUAUCUUAUGGUGCUCACCCUAUUUCGUUUACUAACUAUUCACGUGUUAUUGUACAGGUUUCUAAUCUUCUAAUAAUGUGAUAUUUGUCAUCUCUAAGCAAUUACUUGGAAUCGGUUACCUCGACUGUCUCGCGCAAUACUUGUACGCACCAGCUACUGGCCGACAGUACUGUCCUGCAGCCUCAGUGGUGAUGAAGCAGGGAUCGGUCCCUCCAUACUCACAGGUAACAACGGGUGCUGUCUGCCUUAACCCUCCUCCUACUACAAUGGCGUUCAUUUUAAUUUCGAAUCCGUAUAAAAACAAAGUAAACAAAACCGAAUUUUUUCUGCUACACGGUACAUUCUGUUUGGCUCAAAAAUAGAGAUGAUUCUUAAACUUUUACACUUGACUGGGAGAAAACAGUUUUUCCAUUCUUUUUGCAACAUUACAACAAAAACUAUUUGUACAUUGGGCGUAAAAAGGUCUUAAACCAAUUUGACGUUAAAGAAGAGAAACUGUAUUUACUAUAAUAUGCAGUAAUAACUUAAACCAACCUCUUUUCAGUUUAAGGAGUAUUGGUCCAAAAUAUACAAUGUAUUUACCACAAUUAACCACAGACUUAAUGUAGAACAAAAAUAUUAUAUUUAUUAUAUUUUUAAUAUUCCAUAAACAAUUCUAAAAUCUCAUACAUAUUAUUUUAUUUUAUUCUCAUUAUGCCGAUCAUACGCAUUUAAAAUAAUCCUAUCGUAUGGUUAGUUAAUAUUUACUCGCAUUUUUGCACAUCGCGUUACAAAUUCUUUCUCAUUUUUGAGCGAGGUAUUUCAUGAGUAAUUUGAACUUUAUUUGUGUAUCGUUAAGACAGUUUUUAGAAAAUUUUUAACAUAUUAGUGAACAUUCAUUGAAUAUAUCUUUUUGAUAGAAAUCUAUCUAUUUAAAGAUCAUAAACAAAAACCAAGUCAUUGGUAGAAGUGCAUAAGAUACAUAUUCUUCGAUAAAAAUCCAUCCAUUUGUUUUACUAAUACCCACUUCUUAUCAACCAAGUUUUUAUAAGAUAAUCUCUUUUAUUGACCAGAUAACCUAAAAUGCACCACAAAUAGGUUUUCUAUUUUUUUAAACACAUUUCUUCCAUAAUAAUAAUUUAAAGGUAAAAAUAUCCCUUGACUUAAAAUCUCUAUUUACAUAUUUUUCUUAAAUUUGUAAAUAAUAAAUAUUUACUUUCGCGUUGUGCCAGAAGUUAAACUAUAUAAAAAGAGACACAAAAUUGACUAAAAUCUUGUAAUAGUUUGAUGUAUAUAUCUUUAUUACGAUGUAAACAAUGGGAGAUGAUGGCCACAGGAGAUGGAAAGUGCAGACAGUGCCUCGUCUAUCUUUAGUCACCCACGCCUUGAGAGUCCUUCCAUCGCUAAUCUCAUCAUCUCGUUUUUUGAAGAAAUACAAGUGUAUUUUCGAAGUUUUCAAAUAAAAAUCAAAAGCAGUGCUUUUCUAUUAAAUCUGUACAUACAUAAUUUAAUUAUAAGACAUAGUUUACUUGUUUUGUACAUUGCUUUGUUAUAAGACUCCACAAUGUACCAAUGUGUUGUUCCAUCUUGCAUAAUUGUUAUUUCAUUAAACAUGCGCAAACCA